AUGUUUGCAGCCCUGCCCCUGGCCCUGGCCGUGGUGGUCGGGGCCAGGCAGGUGAAGGUCCACCUGCUCUCUACGGAAACAACUGCAGGGCUGCUCCGUGGAAGUGCUGAGACUGUCCGAGCUCUUAGAGCUGCAAAAGAUGAGGCGAGGCUUCAUCACAACAGCGUCGCUCUUUCCAGGCUAAAGGACGAACGCCGGAUGCAGGUGCACAGUGACAGCGACAUGGCUCCGGCACCCGCGCCUGCACCCAUGCUGGCCAGCUCACCAGCUUUAUUCGGACCGACUGGCCCCAAGGGACCAAAAGGCCCACGAGGCCCAAAAGGCCCUACGGGGGAAGCGGGCGAUCGUGGCGACAUCGGGCCACCCGGGCCACCUGGACCCACACUUGUGAUUGGCUACAGCGCCUAUACGAAUCCGUACAUGCUGCCCAUGAUGAACCCUUUCAUGGGAAGCAUGCCUAUGCCACCGAUGCCUCCGUCAGCUCCACUGACUGCAGCUGGUGUGAGUGCGCUUCCGGCAAGCUUGGGAAGCUCCGUUCCCGCCAACGUGGCAAUGCCCAACAUGUCAGCUGUUAUGGAAGCGCAGAAAUCGGUGGCGAGCACAUACGCUAGUGCGGCCAGUCCGGCGAAUCCACCUGCCACGCCUGUCCUACCUGCGGCCUCUGCUGUCGCCGGCUUAGCAGCCGAGAAGCACCAUGCUCAAGAAGCACGGCAUCCAAACGCAGCGGCAGGCAGAAAUAAACCUCUGCAGGCAGAAGCUUCCUCUCCUUCAGACCACACUCAUUCCAGCAUCCACUUUCUGGAAACGAUGCGGAGAUCCGUGGACAAGGCCAAGGAGAUUGGUUCCUACGUUCCGUUUGUUCCCUGGACUCUUCUGGAUUCGGCCGUGAAUCGCAGUGACAUGCAGUGA